AUGGGGCGACUGGGCGCUCUACACUGGAUCCCCGCUGCGCGCGUUCGAGAGCGAGCUGGGCGUGCAGGACCCAGUGGCUUUUGGGACCCUGCCGGGUUCACAGCGGAUGGUAGCACGGUGAAUUUCGCCAGGAGGCGCCAGACAGAGCUCAAGCACGGCCGCGUGAGCAUGCUGGCGACGAUGGGUUACAUCACGCCCGAGAUCACCGGCAAGCUGCCUGGCUACUUGUCGCCUUCGGCGGGCCUGAAGUUCGCGGACAUCCCGAACGGGCUCGGGGCGAUCUCCAGGUUCCCGCGGCGGGCUGGGCGCAGAUCGUGGCGUACGGCGCGUUCUGCGAGCUGUCCCAGGACCAGUCCGCUGGCACCGCUGCCGCGGCGGGCGACUUCGGCUUCAAGGUGCUGA